CAGGCACUGACACUUGCACCCGAAGCGCUAUACUUUCCUUCUCUGCUUCUCUAUUCCUGGGAUCCUUGGCCUGGAUCAGACUCUGCCUUCCAAAUAAUUUGCAGCUUGAUAUAGUAGUAAAGAAAAUCGUGCAAAGAUGCUGGUUGUCCUGGCUUUCAUUAUUGUCUUUCACAUAACAUCCAUAGUCCUGCUCUUCAUCUCUACAAUAGACAAUGCCUGGUGGGUAGGAGAUACAUUCUCUGUUGACAUCUGGAGAUCCUGUUUCACUAAUGGUACAAACACAGUGUGCAAAGAUAUUGUAAGCAGUAACCAAUCAUACCAAACCAUUCAGACCAUCCAGGCAACAAUGAUCCUAUCUACCAUCUUGUGCUGCAUUGGGCUUUUGAGUUUCGUCCUCCAGCUUUUCCGCCUCAAGCAAGGAGAGAGAUUUGUGCUAACUGCCAUUAUUCAGAUGUUAUCAUGCCUGUGUGUCAUGAUUGCUGCCUCUAUUUACACUUCUGAACACGACCAGUUCCACCCAGCGCCUGUACCUGGUGAUGGCAGAUAUGGGUAUUCUUUCGUCAUCGCCUGGAUCGCCUUUGCCUUCACACUAAUGAGCAGCAUCAUGUAUCUUAUACUAAGAAAACGCAAAUAAUUAGCAUCAGUGGCAGCUAGUUCAUUUCUAUCACUACAGAAACCAAAACCAGAUAAUCAUUUUGUAUAUAACCAUUCAUUGUGGUUUUGUAGUAAAGGUAUUGUUUCUUAAAACAAAAUGUACUGUUUUCUUUGCAUCCAUGCUAAAGACUCUGACAUUGUACAUGUAUCCUGCAACAUUUGCCUUCAUCGGGGCUAAUGGGAAGGAUGAAGAAAAUUAUAAUGCAUGUAUAAUGUUUUAUAACUUGAAUUUUUUUUUUAUUUUGUAGAAAUAUAUUUUUAUUUCAAAUAUAGGUGUAACAAAAUAUAGUUAGUGGGUUUGAAUGUGAAAAAGCAAAAAUAGAUCAGACAUUUUCUGUGUAAUGUGAGUUGACUGCAUAUGUUUCCUACGUUGUUAGUAAAUUCUACAUAGAUAUGGACUUAGUCAUUUGGGAGUCUAUGGGCCCCACAUUCUUCUCUUUCCAUAGAGUAUAUUAAAACGUUGGCUUGUCAUUACAUUUUAGGUUAUUUCAUCUCAAAGGCUACAAUGGCUGGUAAUGUCAACUUCCCCAUUGCCUUACUCUAGAAAGCCAGGUAUGCUCUGGUGAUGCUAGGUUAAUAUCGUACUGGAAGACUUAAAAGAAAAGUAAAACUAAAAAUUUUUAAGUAAAAAAUCUAUUCUACCCUGCCCCAAUAAUUGCCCUAUCCUGCACACCAUUUAUUAUUUUGAAUGCUUUAUUAGAAAACACCUGCUAAAACUUGGCUUCUGGUCAUUUGAAAUAGGGCGAUACGGCGAUGCAGGGCAGAAUCCACUAUUCGACAAUCAAUUGAUCGAUCCUAGCCCGACUCCUUCCUAUACAGAAGGAAGGCUAGGAUCAAUCAUUGCAUAGUGGAAAUUUUAUUGUUACUUUUCCUUUAACCACAAAGGGAAUUGACCCAAGUUCUGAUUAUAUGCUUCCCAUGUAGUAAGUCACACAAGUUAGUGUCAGCUCAGAAACAUUGACUGCUUCUGGAUUGAUCUGUUCUACAAAAGUCUUCCUAAAGGGUCCAGCCAGUACAGGAGUGACAGGAGCCACAUUCCUGCUAGAAUUACAUUAGGCACCUAAAGUCACUCAGUGUGGCCUGUCUUAGCCAACAGCCCCCACCAGUGUUAUCGGAUAUCUCAUAAUAAUAGAUUUUGGGUGAAUUCCUAACUGAAGUGCAUUAAAGCAGUCACUGUCCUAAUUAAAUAACACUGCUUUUCUUCUCUAAGCAACUUCAGAUAAACCGUGUAGCCAUUGUGUUCCUUUAAAUCACUGUCUAAAAUACCCCCAACUCCACACCCAGUAUUAAAGGCUGGUUAGGUAAAUGUUGGAAAAAAACUGUUACAUGUGAAACUCCUCCAUAGCUGGAACUAGGGGUAGGCAGAAGAGGAAUGUUCCUAGGGUGCAACAGUGGGUGGGGAGCUAGCCAUGUACCUCAUCUACCUUCCCCUAAUUCAGCUUUCUAUCAUUUCUGCUCCCUGGCUGGCAAAACAUCAGUGUCAGGGUCCCACUCAUCACCAUCAUGCAUCACUGUUCCUGUUAAACACCCCCCAACAACCCAAUUCUCCCCUUUAACCUGGGCCCAGCACUGAAUUCCAUCAUCUAUAUGACUGCAGUGACUUAAAAUAUAUAUAUUAGUGCAACCUGAUCCAAUAGGUUUCUUAGGGGAAAUAAACCAAAAUAUACUUUUCAGUCAACCUAAUUGAAUGCAACUCUCCAACACACACUAUUGAAACAUUUAACUUGGCUUUAUAUUUAUCUUUAAAUAGAAUUGCAGUGUACCAUAACCUGUACUGCUGAUCCUGACUACAUGUACCAUUGAAACCAUGUAGCAGUAAGACCCAAUACCCACAAUAUGUCUCAAAAAAGAUCAAUUUAAAGUUGCACUCAAAUCCUAUUUAUCAAAAUAUACUGUCCCACUUUAUUGUGACACAGUGCAGAUAAUCCUCCUAUUUGGAUAAAAAGCAUCUGAGUUCAAGUAUGGGAUCCCUUAUCCGGAAACCCGUUAUGCAGAAAGCUCCGAAUUAUGGAAAGGCCGUAGUCUCAUAGACCCCAUUAUAAGCAAAUAAUUCUAAUUUUUAAAAAGUAUUUCCUUUUUCUCUGUAAUUUAAAACAGUACCUUGUACGUGAUUCUAACUAAGAUAUAAUUGAUCUUUAUUGGAGGCAAAACAACCUUAUUGGGGUUAUUCAAUACUUAAAUGAUUUUUAGCAGAUUUAAGUUAUGGAGAUCCAAAUUACGGAAAGAUCCCUUAUCCGGAAAAUCCCAGGUCCGGAGCAUUCUGGAUAACAGGUCCCAUACCUGUACUACUUUGAAUUUGUCUUUUCUUAUUUUCAACAUAUAAUUUAUGUUGGUAACCAUCAAGCACCACAUGACACUCAGAUAUUUGUAUUGGGGGGGGGGGUUAAGGACCAAUUUAAUAUUAUAGUUUGCAACUGAUAUGUUAGUUCAUUUCUACUGGCCCUUUGGACAAUGUAUGGAGAAUUUGAAAACAAUAGGUUUUAAUUUUUCCGAUCAUUUGGAUUUGUAUAUCAGGCUGAUAUACAAAUAAGUACCAGUUUCUUUUAAUGGUUAGUCAACAUCUAGAAAUAAAAAUAUAUCUAAAUAAUGGUAAAUAGUUUCCUCUGUUGCUGUACUGUAUUUCACAUCAUACUUGAGAGCGGUAAAAAAUGAGAAUAGUAUUAAAAGCCUCAUAGUCAGUGUGGGUUUUUUUGUUUGUCAGUGGCCCUGACAAUGUGAUAGCUUUUUUCAGUUGCAGGCUGAAAAGAGGUAGAACUGUAACCAUAGAGAAUGAGCACUAUAUGGAAAGGUGUUUAGAAUAGGUCCAGUAUAAGAACAGUUAAUAUAAAGGCAAACUUCUCCUUCCUGUUUACUAAAAGUAAUAUAGGUGUAACUGAGCUCUCCUUUGCAUUUGUGGUGAAGGAUAAUUUUGGCUUCCUGCACAACCCACUCCAAGCUGUACAUAUAUGUAAGUUGUUCAUAGAUGUUUCUUUUGCAUGUAGUAUUAGCAUUUAUGUAAUGACUAUAAUUAUGUUACUGUUAUUCAAGUAGAUUAAAUAGCUGCUUUAAUAAGUAAAUAUAUUUGCUCCAGCUGUCUUUCAGUUUUCCAUGUAAUGCUGUCCAGAGGUGGGGUUACACAAAAAAUGGGGAUUGUAUUGUAUGUCUGUAUCUAGAAAAUUAAAAUCCUGCAGUAAACAUGUAUAUUGCAA